AUGGAAUCCAACAAACUGCUUGAAGUGUGUAAUGCAUUUGAAGGCAUUGAGGAAUAUUUGCCUGAUAAUUUUUCUUUCGAGAAGAAUCAUACCGAUACUGAAAUAUACAAUGCUUAUUGUCCUAUUAGCAAGGAAACAGGGAAAGGAAAAUGUGAAACUAUCGGUCAAAUAGUUAGCGCUGGUACUGUAUUAUUAUUUAAUUAUAUAUUCUCUGAAGUUGAUUGUGAAAAUUUUGAAAAUGGCGAAUGUAUCACUUAUAUUAUGUUAUGGUUAAGUAAUAAAAUGAAACUAAUUACAAAUGGGACCUACAGAAGCGUGUCAGAUUUUUAUACCACGUUUAUAAAAGAUGGUGAUUUUUAUGUUGAUGAUAAUAAUUAUUAUGAAUAUCUUGAUAAAAUCAUUAAAAAAAAAAAUAUAAUGGAAAUUAAAAUUGAAGAAAUGCGUAAACUUUAUGAGUUACUUAAAAAUCUGUGUAAUGGAAUUAUUAAUUGUUCGAAUGAUUCUUCAGAAUGCUCCGAUUUUACAAAGUUUGCUAUUAACUGGAAUAAUCUAUACAAUCAAUUUGUUAAUAAAACAACUAAGUAUAUUGAAGAUAAGUAUUAUUGUGACGUAUUGUUGACUUUAAAAAAAGCUUAUGAGAAAUUUAGCAAUGGUAAUAAAAACAAAGAUAAUCUUCAAGAAAUUAAUGAUGAAAUAAAUUAUUGUUAUCAAUCAUGUAAAGAAGCAACUACCUCGUGGAGAAUUACAAAUGUGAGUUCCCAAGAUGCAUUGAAUGGAAUAGAUCGAACUUUUAGUGACAUUUUAAAAACAAUUCCCUCUGAAGAUAAAAAGAAAUAUCUGAUACUGAAGAAAUUUGUGAAAAUUAUAAAAAACAUAACGAUCAAUAAUAGUAGAAUAGUGAAAAAAGAGAAAGAAAAAAAAGUAAUUGCCAAAGCACCGAACAAGAAAAAACAGAGGAACAACUAUUACGGAUCAAGCCAAGGAGGAAAACAAUCAGUUACAGGAGAACCAUCACAAAUUUCAGAAGAUGAAUCAGAUUCAGAAGAUGAAUCAGAUUUAGAAGGUGACGAAGAAGAUAGUGAACAAACCGAACCGAAGAAUAAUUAUCAAAACAACGAACAACAAAAUACAGUGGAUCAAGCAUCAAACCAAAGUGAUAACCCAUCAGAUUCAAAAGGUGCAUUAUUAACUUCAGGAAAUGAACUAGAAAAAAGUGAAACCCCAAAAGAAGACUCUGAAGAACAAAAAAAUAACAAUUUACCAACGGAACCGAACAAUCAAACAGUAGUUCAAGAAAAAUCUGUUGCAGAUUCAAAACUACAACCAGAAUCACCACCACAACCACAACAAGAACAGCCACAACCGCAACCACAACAAGAACAGCCACAUAUAGAAUCACAGGCAGAAUCACUUCCAGAAUUACAGUCAGAAUCACAGGCAAAUAUAGAAUCACAAGAUAAUGAGAAUGCGAUACAACCUGCAUCUACACCAGAAAAAUCAUUGACGAAACAUGAAACUGGAUUUUUAUAUGGUUUAUAUAAAACGCAUAUUUCAUCUUUUUAUACAAACUUUACUGAUUAUGGAAAUCGUUUAUAUGAAAGUGUAUCAACUAGCUUAACAAAAGGUUAUUCUGCAUUUAAUAAUUUUUUUAAUGAUUUAAUUAAUCAUCUAAAUAAAGAAAAUGAUACAUUACCAUCAGUUGAUAAUAACAUUCACCAAAAAGAUUCGGGAAGUGAUUUACCUCCAUCUGAUAGUCCAUCAGAAACGCUCUUGUCUUCAUCGAUACAAUCUAGUGACAAUAAAGUUGAAGGUGAAAACCAAGAAAAAGAACCUGAAGGUAAAGACCAAAUAAGUGAAACUGGAAGUAAAGAUGAAGAACCAAUACCAAGUUUAACUCCUAAAGAAUCCCAAGAGGUUUUUAUCAAUAUAAAAUCUGAUCAACAAAUUGAACAACAUCCUUCUAAAAUCAAGGUAGAUAAAAUCAAGGUAGAAGAAGGCAUAUUUGAAAUAGGAUUUCCAGGUGUAUUUAAAGGAUACAAAUUAGUUGCAUAUUCAGUUAUAAUUAUUGCUAUACCCAUUAUUUUAGCACUUAUGUAUAGGUAUUUUUCAUUUGGAUGGAGAAAGGAAUUGAAGAAAAAAAAAAGCAUGAAAAAGGUUAUAAAUAUGUUUGGUGUAAAUGAAGCGACAAAAAGAGUUAUAAACACAAUUGAUCGAAAAAAACAAGUGCAAAUAAUUAUAAAUUCAUCUACUCUAAAAAAACAGGAUAAAAAGUUUACAAAUUCAUCUACUCAAAAAAAGCAGGAUGAAAAGCUUACAAAUUCAUCUACUCAAAAAAAGCAGAAUAAAAAGCUUACAAAUUCAUCUACUCAAAAAAAGCAGACUAAACAGUUUAUAAAUUCCAUUUAUUGGGAACAAUAUCCAUUAUUAAAUACACAUAACCUUAUGAAUGCCGAUUCUGCACCAUUUAUUAUUUUAUUUUUGUUUAUUUUUUAUGUUUAUAAAAAAAAAGGGUAUUCUUUAGAAUAA